AUGGAGAAAGAGCACGAAAGUCGAGAUUCUGAUGAGGAGAUGACAGAUGAUGGUGAGGAUGAGGAAGACACCGAGGAGGAAGACACCGAAGAGGAAGACACUGAGGAAGAAGACUCCAAGGAAGAAGAUGCCAUGGAGGGCAGUGAUGACAAAGAUGAGGACGAGGAUAGUGGCAGUGGUGACGAAGACGGUGAUGGGGAGGAAUAUCUCAUCGACAAUGGUAUCGCAGAUGAGAUGGAUGAAUUUGGGUACACCAGCCUAGAUCAGGUCCUCGUGGAAGAUGAGGACAAUGAUGGACUAUUAGAUGACGAUGCUCUUGGGGCGAAAGACGGUGAAGAACUUGAAGGUGGGCUGAAUUAUGAUGAGGCUGAGGGGAUCAGAUUUGCGGAUUUAUGA